AUGGACAAUCUGAGUGAGGCCCUGGAGAAGCUGAAGCUGGCCUCUGCGGACAGCUCCACAGACAACGUGGAAGGCUGCGUGGACUGUCUGCUCAAAGCUCUGGCCAAUAACAACACCGAAGCCAGCAUGAAGAUCCAGGAGAUGGGAGUGUUGGCCCGGCUCCCCUCCCUGCUCACCCCCCAGUCUUCCUGCACCCCCAAAGUAGCCAACAUCAUCGCAGAGGUGGCCAAAAAUGAGUUCAUGCGGACCUCGUGUGUUGACGCCGGCCUCAUCCCUCCUCUUAUUCAGCUGCUGACGUCCCCAGACCAGGAGGUUCUACUGCAGACGGGCCGCGCACUCGGAAACAUCUGCUACGACAGCCAUGAGGGCAGGAGUGCAGUUGACCAGGCAGGAGGCGCCCCCUUAGUAGUUGACCACAUUAAGUCCCUGUCCCCAAACACUGACGCCGACAGUGAGAAGCUCUUGACAGUCUUUGUUGGCAUGCUGAUGAACUAUAGCAAUGAGAAUGAUUCCCUACAAGCACAGCUGAUCAAUAUGGGCGUGAUCCCAACUCUGGUCAAGCUGCUGGCCGUCCACUCUAACCACACAGCCCUGACAGAGAUGUGCCUCAUCGCGUUUGGCAACUUGGCCGAGCUCGAGUCCAGCAAAGAGCAGUUCGCCUCCACCAACAUUGCAGAGGAGCUGGUAAGGCUGUUCCAGAAGCAGACGGAGCACGAGAAGAAGGAGAUGGUGUUCGAAGUGCUGGCCCCGCUGGCAGAGAAUGAUGUGAUCAAGCUGCAGUUGGUGGAGGCCGGGCUGGUGGAGUGCCUGCUGCAGGUGGUGGCUCAGACGGUGGACGGAGAGCGAGAGGAGGACGUGGCUCAGCUCAAGACCGCCUCAGACCUCAUGGUGCUGCUGCUGCUGGGAGACGAGUCGAUGCAGAAGCUGUUUGAAGGAGGAAAGGGCAGCGUCUUCCAGAGAGUUCUGUCCUGGAUCCCUUCUAACAACCACCAGCUGCAGCUCGCCGGGGCCCUCGCCAUCGCUAACUUUGCCCGGAAUGAUGGAAACUGUAUUCACAUGGUGGACACGGGGAUAGUGCAGAAGCUUCUAGAACUGUUGGACCGGCAUGUCGACGAGGGGAACGUGACCGUACAACACGCCGCUCUGAGUGCCCUGAGAAACCUGGCCAUACCUGUGGUGAACAAAUCCAAGAUGCUGUCGGCCGGAGUGGCAGAUGUGGUGUUGAAGUUCUUGCCGUCUGAGAUGCCCCCAGUCCAGUUCAAACUCCUGGGAACAUUACGGAUGCUCAUUGAUACACAAGCUGAGGCGGCGGAGCAGCUGGGGACCAACAUGAAGCUGGUGGAGCGUCUGGUGGAGUGGUGUGAAGCCAAAGAUCACGCUGGCGUCAUGGGGGAGUCCAACCGGCUGCUGUCCGCUCUCAUCCGACACAGCAAGUCCAAGGAAGUGGUCCGGACUGUGAUCCAGUGUGGAGGCGUCAAACAUUUAGUCGCCAUGGCAACGAGUGAGCAUAUGAUCAUGCAGAACGAGGCACUGGUCGCCCUGGGUCUUAUAGCAGCCCUGGAUCUGGUGGCUGCGGAGAAGGACUUUGUGGGCUCUAGUUUGGUGUCCAUGCUCCACAAACUUCUGUCGGACGAGAGGAGCGCCCCAGAGAUCAAAUACAACUCCAUGAUCCUCAUCUGUGCCGUUAUGGGCUCCGAGCCCCUUCACAAAGAAGUCCAGACUCUGGCCUUCAUCGACGUCGUGUCCAAACUGCGAGCUCACGAAAACAAGACAGUGUCGCACCAGGCCUCGCUCACGGAGCAGCGGCUAACGGCCCAGAGCUAA